GGAGCUACUAAAAUACUUUCUGGCUGGCAAAUGCAGUGCCUAGUAGCAGCUAUCAGGGAGGAACCAAACAUGAGUGGGGGAGGGGAACAGGUCGACAUUCUGCCGGCCAACUACGUGGUCAAGGACCGUUGGAAAGUGCUGAAGAAGAUUGGUGGUGGUGGUUUUGGUGAGAUUUAUGAGGCAAUGGAUCUCCUAACCCGUGAGAAUGUGGCCCUGAAAGUGGAGUCGGCCCAGCAGCCCAAACAGGUCCUCAAGAUGGAGGUGGCUGUCCUGAAGAAGCUGCAAGGGAAAGACCAUGUUUGCAGAUUUAUCGGCUGUGGAAGGAAUGAGAAAUUUAAUUACGUGGUCAUGCAGCUUCAGGGCCGGAACCUUGCAGACCUCAGAAGAAGCCAGCCUCGGGGGACUUUUACGCUGAGCACAACCCUGCGAUUGGGCAAGCAGAUUCUAGAAUCCAUAGAAGCCAUUCACUCUGUGGGAUUCCUGCACCGGGAUAUCAAGCCGUCCAACUUUUCCAUGGGUCGCCUGCCUUCAACCUACAGGAAAUGCUACAUGUUAGACUUUGGUCUGGCCCGGCAGUACACCAACACCAACGGCGAAGUCCGGCCACCUCGCAAUGUUGCUGGGUUUCGGGGAACGGUCCGCUAUGCUUCAGUGAAUGCACACAAAAACCGAGAGAUGGGUCGACAUGAUGACCUGUGGUCCCUCUUUUACAUGUUAGUGGAGUUUGCAGUUGGUCAGCUUCCAUGGCGCAAGAUCAAAGAUAAGGAGCAAGUUGGCAUGAUCAAAGAGAAGUAUGAGCAUCGAAUGCUGCUCAAACACAUGCCGUCUGAAUUCCACCUCUUCCUGGAUCACAUUGCGAACCUGGACUACUUCACCAAGCCCGAUUAUCAGCUGAUCAUGUCGGUGUUUGAGAACAGCAUGAAGGAACGAGGCAUUACUGAGAAUGAGGCCUUUGACUGGGAGAAAGCUGGAACGGACAUUUUAUUGUCGACAAGCACCUCCACGCCACCACAGCAGAACACCAGGCAGACAGCCGCCAUGUUUGGGGUGGUUAACGUCACUCCAGUUCCUGGGGACUUGCUGCGUGAGAACACUGAAGAUGUCCUACAGGGUGAACACUUGAGCGACCAAGAGAAUGCUCCUCCGAUCCUGCCAGGCCGGCCAGUGGAAGGGCUGGGCCAGGCUCCUAACAUGGCCUUCAACGAGACCGAGGUUUGGGAAGAGACGGACGUGAACCGCAACAAACUCAGGAUCAGCAUCAGCAAAACCCAGUGCAUGAUGGAAGAGGAACAGAGAAGUGGUGUCUGCCCCAGCUCCCCGAUACGGGCGCCUCCAGACUCCCCUACCACUCAAGUGCGCUCUCUGAGAUACCGUCGUGUGAACAGCCCUGAGUCGGAGCGCCUGUCCACUGCCGAUGGCAAAGCAGAUCUACACGAGAGAAGAUCUCGCGUGGACUUACCUUGUUCCCCUUCCCGGCUGGUGUGUUCCUCCCAACCAGCACAGAUGCUGUCCAUCGACACUGGCCAAGUAGACCGUCAGGCGAGCGGCAGGAUGGAUGUGUCUGCUUCCGUGGAGCACGAGGCCCUCAGCAAUGCUUUCCGCUCCGUGCCGCUGGCGGAGGAGGAGGACUUUGAUAGCAAGGAGUGGGUUAUCAUUGAUAAAGAGACAGAGCUGAAGGACUUUCACCCGGGUGCUGAGCCGAGCACUUCUGGAACUACAGACGAAGAGCCCGAGGAGCUUAGGCCGAUUGAAGAGGGCGAGGAGAGGAGGCGAUUGGGGGCAGAAGCUGCCGUCCGGCCGAAGGUCCACGAUGGGAGAACAUGGGGGAUGCAGCCUGUGACGGAGGAGGACAGUUCACACAGGCACGAAGGACACUGUCAAACGGUAUCUGACACCAGACCCGAACAGCAGCCAGGAAGCCCGGCCCAGUUAUCGUUACACUCAGCACCAGCUCUCCGACAGCACAGACGGGAGUCCGAACCGACUGGUCCUCAGAGACAGGUGUUUACACUGAACCCUUUUGAAAUGAAUGGUCUGCCCAAGGCGGUGCCUUUAAAUUUGCCUUAUCAAGACUUUAAAAGGGAUGUGUCAGACUCUAGGGAAAAGCCGAGGUUCCUCCAGCGGAUAAAAAAGGUCGACUUCUCAAACAUUGUCUUGACCGCUCCUUGCAAACCGCCGGCGCCCCGUCUGGAACUGAACGGGGAGUGUGAGGAGGAAGAGGAGGAGGAGGAUGAAGAGGAGGAGGAUGAGGAGGAGGAGGAAGCUGGUUAUCUGGGAGAAGAGAUUGACAUGCACAGUAGCUCCAGCAGCGACGUGAGUCAGAAAAGCACGGAGCGCAGUCAGGAAGGGGCGCCAUCCACUCUGCUGGCCGAUGAUCAGAAAGAAUCCAAGGGCCGUGCUUCCAUGGCCGAUGGCGAUUUAGAACUGGAGGAAGGCUCCAAAACGCUGGUGUUGUUUUCCCCGGGUGACAUGAAGAAGUCUCCACUCACCACCGACUUGGCGCCAGACGUCGAUCUGGGGACACUCGCUGCUUUAACGCCUCAGAGCGAGAGGCCCCAGCCCCUGGGCAGUCAGCUGGAUGUAUCGGAGCCUGGGACCCUGUCCUCCAUCCUGAAGUCCGAACCAAAGCCUCCAGCAGCCGUUUCCACGACGUCCUCCCCCUUUACCAAAGUCGAGCGCACGUUUGUUCAUAUUGCUGAGAAGACCCAUCUGAACGUCAUGUCUUCCGGCAGCCAGCUGGUGAGGCACGAGGAGUACGGCCCUCCGGGCCAACUGGAGGAGAUCAACCUUGAGGAGGCGCUGGAGGAGAACCUGGGUUUGGUAGAAAAUGGGAGUGCGAAUUCUGGUUUAGAAGGGGGAGAAAUGGAAAGCUGCGCGCUCUCGGUCAAUCACAUCGAAACCUCCUCGGAGAUGGCAGGGGAGCCGCUGACGCUGCCCAACGGCGUGGCCCAGUCGCCGGAGGAGAGGCUGGAGCUUAAAGGCAAAGCCGCGCUGGCACUGGAUUUGGAAGAAACUGGCCGGCUGGUUUCAGGAGAGCCUAGCUUAGAAAAGACCAUGCUGGCGACCGAGCGCCUUACGCAAGCUGAGGCUCUCCUGGGAACGGUGAAGCAGGGCCCGAGGAAGCCUCUGAGUGCCAGAUACAGAAGCCGGAUUCCCAUCUUGUUCUCUGAGGAGGACACCGGCUCAGACCUAUCAGCCUCGCUCUCGGCCAAAGAGAGGCUUCACAAGAGGGCCAAGCAGCCUGACUUGGUUCGCCUAGUGAUGGAGAGAAGGCAAAGCCGCAUCCUCAGAUUGGCCUCUGGCGCCUCCUCCUCGGCCUCCUCCAGCGAUGAGCGGAGACGUGCCUCGGAGACCCUCUCAGCCACCGGCUCGGAGGAGGACACCCAUGACUCAGACGACUCCGUCCCAAGGAGGACGGGGGAGGGGAAGGCAUCCCACCCAGGAAGAGAGGGGAAAACUUUAAGCACAAAGAGCAGAAUCCCUCGGCCCAUCGUGCCUGCGAGGACGUUGCCGGCAGCAGUGAAGUUUGGGAGCCCAGCAGCAUCGGGCAGCUCGCCGCUCGAUGCAGUUCUCACCGCCAGGCUUCAGAGGACAGCUGGGACUGCGCCCAGUGACUCCCCACUGAAACAGCUCCAGAGCCGGCUCCCUUCCUCCCCGAGUCCGGCUCCUCCUCCUCCCCCGUGGAGCUGUGCUCCCCCCUGGAGCCCCAGCCUGCCCCCACGCAACCUCAGUGCUUCCCCCAAAAGCCAGUCACUGUCCAGACGGGAGAGUCCUUCGCCCUCCCGGCAGCAUAGGCCAGGGGCUGCCCUGCAGCGAGUUCAACCGUCUCCCCGCCCUCAACCCCGAGUCCUGGCGCGGGGGCUGCUGGGCGAUCCCCUGGCCUCCCCAGGCCUGGCCAGGAAAGGACAAAGAGGGAAAACCCAGACUCCGAGCCCAGCAACCAAAGGAAGGCAAGUGUCCGCGGAAGGCAAGGCCACGGCCAGAUAAUGAUCUUCUGCCGCCAACCCGUCAGGCUGGCUAACUCCUGCGUCUAGUGUACACUGAGCUGCCGUACACGCCGGAGCCACGAGCGGCUCGCAGCUCGCUGCACUUCAGCGCUUCACUCCCUCCCACGCCCACGCCGGCCGGAAACCGCUGCCCCACCGCGGGCUCGGCCGCAGCGCACGCUUGCUAUUGCAAACCACCAACCAGCGCCUCAGGCAGCCUGCCUAGUGCCUGACCCCCCCCCCGCCCUUUUCUCCUGCUCACUUAGCAAUACCAGUCUCCACUCCAGCGCGCUGACACGUGAGCUUUAGAGAGCAGCAGUCGAAGUCGGUGGAGAGGGGACCGGCGUGGGCGCUGCGCCCACUGGGAGGAGAGGGCUCUGGAACUGUAGGGAGCUGCCCCCCCCCUCCAGUGUGGUGUUCCAGGAAGCCCCCCCGCCUCGCCUGCUGUACUUGCACUGACAGUGGUUACAACCCACCUCCUGCCCCGCGAGCCCGGGAGCGCCGCUCGCUGAGCAAGGAGAGCAGGCCAGGCGGAGAGGAGCUGCAGGUAUCUCUCAGCAGGCGGGCGGGGAAGCGCACCUUUACCAGCUGCUGCAGGGAGCCGGGCACCGGUGCUCGGUGACGCCCCCAGGCCAGUCUGUCUGUGGCGGCAGGUGGGUUUGUGUGACCAAGCCCGGGCUGCACUGACAGCUUGCCAGGGGCCCAAGGGCUAGGGGGGCAGAUUGCAGCCCCCUCCAUCUGGGAUAGCAAACUGUGCCCCAUGGAGACUACCGGGCCCAGCAUGCAGCAGUCCCGGUGCAGCCGAGGCGGGGGGGGGCGGGGGGCAAAACAGCUUUUCCUGCUGUCGCCAGCUGCAGCUCCAUGCUAAAGAGGUGGGUGUCACUGAAUGCCUUUUGUGCGGGUGCCCCUGCCCCGAACUGCCUUGUGCUUUGUCGUCACACUGCCAGGUGGUGGUGGGGUGGGGGCUGCACAGUGGCUUUACCACUGCAGGGGGGUGACUCUUGUGUACUGCAGCCAGAGAUGGGCCGGCCCGUUACUGAUACACUAGCGUAGAACUAGCUGAUUUGGGCAGGUGGGGUUUAUGGCUUCCUCCGCCUGCACUCUCAGCCCAAACUAUGUGAAUGUAGUGGCAGGGUCAGAUUAAGGCUCCAGUUCUGGAUGUCACGUGACCCCUGCCGACCCCCAGCUCUCAUUUUAAAACCCCUUUACCCUUCAUGGCUGGGAAGCAAUGCUCGAAAACCAUGAGCCACACGUAACCGAUGCCGCCAUGUCUGCCUGAGUCUGCAGAGAGUCGGAGAGAGGCAAAAUGUUCCAUUCAUCUCCACGGGGGCAACGCCAGGCCCCACGGCUCUGGGGAGCCCUACCUGCGCCACACCAGCACUGGGGGCUGAGAGCGGCAGAAGAAUACAACACGUGCUGCCCGCCCAGGCCUGCAGAGGCGCCCAGCUGCCGGUGUAAAGAUUCGGGGGGGGGGGGGGGGGGGGUAAAGACUAAUAAGGCCAGGGCUGGCCUACAGCGCGCUCUGGCUUACAGGAUAAGGGAGCUCACUGCAAGAAUAGGCAUUCAAAACAGCCAAAUGCAAGGUCAUAUUCCUGACAACCAAGACUGCAGCUCACACUUCUAGGGGUCAUGCAGGGCUAAAUGGGAAUAUCAAGUAGACACAGGGGGUGAGCUGACCUCUCUGUACAGCAUGAGCAGAGUUGCCAACACUUGCAAUUUUAGUGUCUCUCCCUCUCUCAUUAUUCAGGGUUUUCCUUGAAGCCUCUGUUGCUGGAGCCAUGCAAAUCUCGGCCUCCAGAGUUUUUUAAGCUGAGCGCUAGACCUCCUGCGUAAAACCGUAACCCAGCGGCUGCCUCCAGGCCCAGGCCCAGGCGGCCCAGGGAAAGCCCCACACCGAAUUGUUUAGUUAAAGGUCAGACGUAACCAAACCCUCCUGCUUUUAGGCUGUGUGGGCUUCGGGACACAGCAUCAGUGAGCCUAUAACCGGCCCCUGUGCCCCGGGCUGGGGGGGGCCACACGGCCAGGAGCUGUUACACAUUGGAAAGGGUUCAGAAAAGAGCCACACACACGUUUAAAUGGCUGGAAAACCCUCCUGCCAGCACCGGGACUGAGCGGCAGGCUGGCACCAUGCUCCUUCCAUAAACCCUGCCUGCCCCGGAGCGCCUGCCUCCUCCGGGCUGGGAGAGACACGACGGGCCUAGGCAGGGGGACAUGGGGAGGGAAAUGCUCUGGGUGAGGGGCAGAGACGGCCCCAAGGCUAGGAGAGCAGAGGCAGCACAAAGGGCCCUGAGGCUGGCCAGAGGGAGAGCAGAAGGGCGGUACACAGAGACUGACCUGAUUUCUCCAGCUGGGCAGGCAGGCAAGGGCACAUUUGGCUGGCUGCUUUGCAGGGCCAAGGGGGUCCGCAGCACAGCACAGAGCCCGCUGGAGCUUCAUCAAGCCAGUGACAUAACGAAGGUCAGCAAAUGGGCCUGCUGCAGACAGCGGAAGGUUCUGUGGGGCUCCUACUUCUUGAACCCACCUUGUACCAUGGUUGCCACAGCAAAAGGGGCUCGGGGGCGGGGAGCGUGGUGAAGGGUCUUAGCCAUACAGAGCGUUACCUGCUGCCGUGAGUGUGAACGGAGAAACAGCCUACGUGUGCACGAAGGCCUGUGAGCGGCCAUGGGGCAGCAAGGGAGAGGUACUGUGGGCAACGGCAGCACCAGCCGGGCAUUGUAUCUGUGCGUCAGGUGGUUGGGGUCAGGCGCCCUUUGAUCGCCCGGCCGCAGAGCAGGCAGUGUGUGACCAUAAACGGGGGCAAACUCGCUGCCGCCUGGGCCGUGAUACCUCACGUUGAUGCCAAGGGCCGGGGGCUGGGGCCCUGAGCCUGCUGCCUUCUCCCACUGCUGUCUACCCCUCGUAGCUUCUCCAGUCCCUGCCGUGCCCCUGGGCCCGGGCCGAAUGCAGGCUGGACACACCCACCCCGUUAGGAGGCCUUGUCUACACACACAUGCACUGCUUUAGUUAAGCUGGUGCAGUCAAACCCGUGCACACGCUGCCGUGGACACGCUUGUUUUGGUUUAAGCCCAGCUUACUGGGGGUUCACAUAACCUGUUCCCAAGCAACUUUAGCUAACUGGCAAUAAGCCCCUUUUACCCUGGGUGCUCCACCUCGGGGCUGGCACUGAUUUAACUAAUGGGGUUCCGUUUACACCUUUAGCCCAGUGCACCGUCUCUCUGUAUUCACACCCUGACAGGCACAAACGUAACACAGCGUGAAGGCCAGUUUGAACCACGAGCUGAGCGUCUGCACCCUCUCCCUGCCUCAGGUUAGACGCCCACCUUGGUGAGCAGAGCAGGCUGAGGGGCUUCGCUCACCUGCAGGGGGCCAGCCGAACGAACAGGCAAUACACCCAUAGCUGGGGCUUCUCUGCAGGCCCCCCACUGCCUCUCCAGCGUUGGGGCCUAGCCUCAGGUACGCCCCUCGCUGCCCCGUACCUGCGAGCGCUGCCCCGAUGCAGUCCCCUUGAGGAGCAGUGGAAGCAGCUGUACUGGUGGAGCCCAGCCUGCAUGGGAGGGGGUUUGCCCUGCUCCAGGCUGCCUCCAGGCCAGUAACAGUGGUGAUGGCGUCAUUGCCCCACAGCAUGAGGAAGCGCACAACACGCGGUGAUCCCAAGUGCCCACCGCUGGCCAGCGCUAGCUGGGGGCUGCUUUUUAUCUGGCCCGGGGGUCACACCAGUGCAAAGCUGUUAAAAGUGGGGCUAGUUCCCCCUCAGAGAUGGGCUCUGCGUCCGUGUGGUGGCUGGGCUGUGGCUGAUGGCCAGAAGCCGGUCCCGUGGCCCCCACCUUCUGUGCGCUAUUCACUGCAUCGUUCCCUCCUUCUAGCAGCUUUGCUCCUGGCGGGGCCUGUCCAGUCAGUCCGUCUUGCUGUCUCGGGGUUUAGGGGCUGUCAGACCCUGCAGACCUUUCUGGGUUAGCCCCUCUAGCCAGCCCCUCUAGCCAGCACUGCCUGAGGGGGGGGGGGGGGCGGACCUUGCAGAAAGAACAAGGAUUUUUCCUUCCUUUUGUUCACACACCUGUAAAUAAACAAAGUCACACGCUGUACGUUAAUGCGCCCUCAGCCCACGGCGCGGAGCCACCGGUGAGGCUGCUGCUGAAUUCAGGGCUCUAGUCUCCCCUUUCGACCUCAAACCUGUCCCACCAGGAAUGGAGGUGAACGCGCUGCCCCUGAGCCGUGAGAUCACCCCCACACCAGCGGGCCUCUAGGGUGCUUAUGGGGCCCCUGCGGUGCUCACUGGCAGAGACUGGGGGGGCUUGCGCUGUCCCUUACACCAUGGAAACGCUCUCCUCCCGCUUACACCCACUUUGCACUGGAGUCAGCGGCACGGCCGGCCCUGUAUUCCUCGAGUGCCGGCAGGGAGCAUACAUGGGGCUCAGGGGGAUUGUGAGGGAAAGCCAGGGAAACAGUAUCUUUGGAAACAGGUGUCACUGCCCCGGUGCUGUAUUACGUGCUGGCACCUUUGUCGCGCUCUGUCCGAAGUGAUGGCACCUGGCUCUUAACUGCAGACGCUACACCUGGAGCAACUCUGUUAAUUUCCUUCUCAGCCAAGCAAAGUGUUCUGACUGGGAGCCAGGCCUUCUGCUCCCCGGUCCUGUCUGCCCGGCCCUGCUCCCGGGGCCCCUGGCUCCACCUCCAUCAGUUCUGCGCAUUCGUUAGGAAAGCCACUCUAGAAUGUUUACACAUCGCAACUAGAAUGUACAACUACCAUCAAGGACGGCGAAGCUGGGCUAACUGCAUGGCAACCGUCUCAGCCAUCCAGCCUGGCAUGCGUCACAGAGACCCUGCUGUGUACAAAUCCACCUGCCAACUGCCGGAUCAUGUCCUGGACCAGCUGAUGAUGCAUCAGACGCAGCUGUCAUAAUUAGAUUUGUUCUGAAAAGGGGAUUGUCAAUCAUGCCAUUAAAAGCCUGCCUAUCUUUUCA